AUGGCUUUCCUCGGUACGUGUUUCUUCGAAGGCCUCUGCGAAUGCACAAAAAUGUCCAUUCUGCGCCGCGCACCGUCCAGGGCCGCGGAAGCGCUCGCUGGCCCUGACCUCACGCGCCGCCAGGGCGCCCAGGCCCUCAGGCGCCUCUGCCGACGGGCCGACGUGCCUCUGGAGCCCUUCCGCCCAGGUGUCAUGGAAAAACUGGGUCUUUCUCCAGAUAUCCUCCUUCAGGAUAACCCCAGACUCAUCUAUGCUAGGCUAACUGGAUUUGGCCAUGCAGGAAAAUAUGCCAAGUUGGCAGGUCAUGAUAUCAACUAUUUGGCGGUUUCAGGUGUUUUGUCGAUGCUUGGCAGGAAAAAUGAAAAUCCUUAUCCUCCAGCCAAUCUUUUGGCUGAUUUUGCUGGUGGCGGUGUCAUGUGUGCGAUGGGCAUCAUUAUGGCACUCUAUGAACGUACUAAAUCUGGAAAAGGACAAGUCAUUGAUUCAAGUAUGGUGGAAGGUGCAGCAUACCUAAGCUCCUUUUUGUGGAAAUCACAAAACCUGGGUCUUUGGAACAGACCUCGUGGGGAGAACCUGCUGGACAGUGGUGCUCCUUUUUAUGAAACAUAUAAGACUUCAGAUGGGAAGUACAUGGCUGUUGGUGCUCUUGAACCACAAUUUUAUGAGCAGUUCAUCAGUGGUCUGGGGCUAGAUUCUCAGAAACUUCCCAGUCAGAUGAGUUUCUCUGAUUGGCCUGAAAUGAAGAAGAUCUUUGCAGAUGUGUUCUCAACAAAAACCCAAGCAGAGUGGUGUGCAAUCUUUGAUGACAUUGAUGCCUGUGUGACACCAGUUUUGACUUUGGAUGCUGCUGCCUUGCAUCCACACAGCAAAGAACGGGGUUCAUUUCUUAAAAAUGAUCAGGAUGAGAUAAGUCCUAGACCUUCCCCCAUUCUUUCUAGGACCCCAGCUGUCCCUUCUUCCAAAAGGGAUCCAUUUAUAGGAGAACAUACCAAAGAGGUCCUCUUGGAGUAUGGUUUUUCCAAGGAAGAGAUUUCACAGCUCCUUUCUCUUAAAGUUAUUGAAGUCAAUAACCCAAAAGCUAACCUGUAACAUAAAACUCUGCAGAUCAAGAGUCUUACACUGGCAUAUUGUAUUUUUGAUGCAAUUGGUGCUAUAUUCUUAGCAAAAACAAAAAUGAGAAAUGGGCAAAAUGUUUUAUGGGCAUAUGUUGGAUAUUAAGGGGUGAGCUGUGGCCCUAAUUUUUAGAUGGAUAGGAAACAUGGGGAUCUUCAUGGGCCACAAAAAUGGCCUUGGUGGUCACAUGAGUUAAGAUAUGGGAAAUAAAGCAGCAUUCAGAUGAUGCACACUGACUCAUGUUGAUUUAGAGAUGGUAUCAAGAACUGCACUAUUGAUAAUAUAGCUGCUGCUUGUUCUUGUGAUUACCUGUGUUGAACUUUAAUUGGUUUGCCUAUUAAUCUCAUGAAAGCACAAUUAAUGCCAAAUGGAAGCAGAGUCUCCUGCUUUAUAAACUGAUGAAUGAAUUGGUAGAAACCAUUUUUAUUGAUAGAUCUGUGCUGUUUUUAAAACUCAAGCCUUGCAAGUGUUUCGAUAGGUUUUUGCUCACAAGGCAGACCUUAAAACUUGUUUUUUUCAAUAACUUCAUUUUGUGUUAGCCUUCCCCACCAUGGUUCUUCUCAGCCUUAUUUAAAUGGCCAAGGGUGAGGAAUCAUGAAAAUCCAAAAUGUUUCCAGGGCAUCAGGUUGGAUAAGGUUUACAGGAAAGAUGCUGUAAUCUCUUUCUCAUUGUAUGUCUGUGGAGCAGAGAAGACAGUGCAUUUCACAUUACUUGUUUUAUAGCCCUAUAAUAGAGUACAUGAUGUACAAGCAUCAGAUGUUGAAAGGAUGUGGAUAAUGACCCACCCCUCCCCUCAAGCAAAGAAUAGCUCCCUACCUCUUUUUACACCAGAGAUGAGGAGCAUUUGUCCCUCCAGAUUUUAUUGGAUUUAGCCAUAUGGCACCAGAACAUGGCAUAUAUUUAUGUGCUAGAUUAUUAUUUUAGUAAAUAUUUUAUUCUUUACCUUUUUAUUUAAUGAUCCCAGUGAAGGAGUUGGGUCUAACAAGUUUGGCCUUCCCCUUUUUUGAUUUUUACAUUUGCAGUUUAUUAUGUAAGUUAGUUUUACUUUAUGGCCUGAACAAACAACCCUUUUAAAAUUAGUUGAUCUGAAUAAUCUACAAUUUAUCUACCAGGGUGUUAUAAUCCUUGUGCUUGUAAGUUAUAAUAUAAUUACCUAAAGAGAAAUGGUUUUCAUAAAAUGUGUUAAUAUAAUUUUUAAAACUUACAAAUAAAAUAUAAACUCAU